CUACGCCCAAAAUGGCGGCACGAUUGAAAAGUUUGGUGCUGUUUUUGUUCUAGUUUGAAGUUUUAUUUUCUUCACUUGGUCUGGUUUAGUUCUUACACAAGUACCUGCCCUGAAGUGAAGAAAGAAGGCAGUUUUCUUCUUAUAUUGCGGUAAAUAAGUGGCAGAGCUGCGGUUUUAUUCCAGCUUGUAGAGUUUCCGAGCGGGGGAUCACUGCUCAGAUUACCCUUACUGAGACAGAGAGAGACCACUGCUUACUGAAACAAGCCCUGGCAGUCUCCUGUAUCCAAUUAAACAUGAAUAGCACUUGUACAUAGAGAUGGGGGAUGAUGAAAAGAAAAUUAAAAAGCCGGGUAUCGUGUCUCCGUUUAAGCGUGUGUUUCUGAAGGGGGAGAAAGGGAGGGAUAAGAAAGCUCAGGAGAAGUGCGCUGAACGACGGGCUCUUCACACCUUUUCGCUCUCCGUCCCUGACCACCGGAUUGACCCAGACAUCCUGCUCAACGAUUACAUCGAGAAAGAGGUCAAGUAUCUGGGGCAGCUGACCUCCGUCCCAGGAUACCUUAAUCCCUCCAGCCGCACUGAGGUUUUGCAGCUGAUUGACAAUGCCAGGAAGUCUCACCAGCUGGCAGGUCAGCUGACAUCGGAGCAAGAUGCCGUGGUCAGCCUGUCCGCAUACAACGUCAAACUGGUGUGGCGUGAUGGAGAGGACAUCAUCUUGAGAGUACCCAUCCAUGACAUCGCUGCUGUUUCCUACAUUCGAGAUGACUCCCUUCACCUGGUGAUUUUGAAAACAGCCCAAGAACCUGGAGGCUCGCCUUGUCCCAGCACAUGUCCGGAGCUGUCGAAGUCACCUACUCUGAGCUCUUUGUCCGAGAGUGGAGCUGUGGAAGUCUGCUGCCUGCUCGUGCUGGCCGUCGAGAACAAGGCAGCAGCAGAGGAGCUCUGUUUGCUCCUGAGUCAGGUCUUCCAGAUAGUCUACACAGAAUCUACCAUCGACUUCCUGGACAGGACCAUCGACUUUCUUGACGGAGCUACAACGCCCACUCGACAUCUCUCCCUCUAUAGCGAUGACUCCUCAAGCAAGGAUGUUAAAGAGCCUUUUGAAGGAGGUCCAGGCACCUUCUCGUUUCAGAACUCGGAGACAGCAGGACAUUCUCCGUGUUCAUCACCAUCAUCCACACCAGCAUCACCACAGGACAAAACAGCCAGCGAGAGUGAACUAAGCACAACAGCAGCAGAACUGCUCCAGGACUACAUGACCACGUUGAGAACAAAAUUGUCCUCUCAGGAGAUUCAGCAGUUUGCCACGCACUUGCAUGAGUACAGAAACGGUGCCUCCAUUCAUGAGUUCUGUAUCAACCUGAGACAGCUCUAUGGAGACAGCAGGAAGUUCCUCCUCCUCGGUCUUAGGCCCUUCAUCCCAGAGAAGGACAGUCAGCACUUUGAGAACUUCUUGGAAACCAUUGGUGUGAAGGAUGGCCGCGGCAUCAUCACGGACAGCUUUGGCCGCUACAGACGUACAGCCAGUUCAGCUUCUGACUCGACCACCAAUGGCAAUGGGGCAGCAGGCGGGUCGGAUGAAGGAACGGUGUCCUCCGAGGGUGAUGAGUGGGACCGCAUGAUCUCAGACAUCAGCAACGACAUUGAGGCGUUAGGGUGCAGUAUGGACCAGGACGGUGUGUCACCCUGACAGCAAAACUGUGCGCUUUAGCCAAUCACCCUUGAUACACUGACUGACUGUUACAUAGUUCACUGGUCCAUGUCACUUUGUAAAAUGAUGCUGGAAUGUCAAUACUAUGCCACCUCAGUUUAAUCCUGGCUUUUAUAUAUUUUGGUCGCCACAUUGCAGUCAGUUCAACUGGAUGAUGGUGCUUUUUGAGACACUUGAAGUGCAGGUGGACAUUCUGUAACUGUGCAUGGCACAGAUGUAUUGAUUUUCAUGAGUGUUUAUUGGCAGUAUCUGCUAUUGGUAAUGAAAGAGUAGCUUUUUAGGCUGAUCUGAGACCAGCAUUUAGGUUUCUUUUAUUUUAAGGCGCUAGGAUGAUAUCAGGAUUUGAAACUCCGUUUUAAUUCUUGUGCGUUCACAUUUAAGAUGAAUGCAAAAAUUUGGCAAGCCAUUGCAGUCAAGUGGCGAUACUGUGACGGAUGAGACGCAAAGCGAAGAGGAAUAGCUCCGUUUUUACGAAGCACAUUAAAAUGAUUCAUAUUCGUCUGUAGAUUCUGAGGUAAGUCAUGUGCGCGGAUUUCACUGGGAAAUCAAGGCAGUCGGUCGGGUAUCUUCAGUAUCGUAUGCAAAUUCAUGAAAACACGGUUCCGUCUUGACAGCAUGAGAGGGGGAUUUUGGGGAGUGGACUGGCGCUGAGACGGCAACAGAAUAUAAAAGACGUUACAGAAGAUCAGAGUUUUGAGGGAAGUAUUUUUACAUGCCCAUAUUAACAGCGUAUUGGGAGAUGAGUAAACUGGGUAUCCGCCUGAAGUAAUAAGUAUAGCCAAGGGGUGUCUUCUCGGGUUCAGUUAGCAGUUGCGUGGAUCACGGGUGUCCUGUGACUCGUCACUAAUGACAUGCAGCAUAGUCGCCACCCCCCUCCCAGUUUAGCUUAACUUCCAAUCUAGCAAGUGUUUUUAUUUCUCUCAUUGUAUUACCUGUUUGUGUUAUUCUAACUUUUAUUGCAUAACAUUUUAAACACAUUUUACUAUUACGUUUUUACAACUAGUGCUGGUUGUAAUUACCCCAUGGUUGUUUAUUUGCAAUGCACUAGGUAAGGAAUGUAGCUCUACGUAUUUGUUGGUUUGAACCAGACAGCUUGGAGUGUUUUUUAGAUUUUUUUGACAAAGCCAGUUGGCUGGCUGAUGGUGUUCAUUGUUUUGUUACACUGCAGAGCAAAUAUGUCUUAUGUUGUAGCCUUCUGAGUUUUUGGUAGCCUGACAUUGUGCCUUGUAGAACAACUGCUUAUUAUUUCAUCCAACAGGGAUGCAAGAAUCAUUCUGUAAUCUGUACAGACUGUGACCAAGGAGUUGUAUUAAAUAUUAUGUUUAGUAUUCAAA